GAAAAUGGGAAAAACCCACAAUAAAAACACUUUCUUUCAAUCUUUGGCUUCAGCUCACCCCCAUCCCUCUAACCUUUUUAUUCUUUCUUUUUUAUACCGAGAGAGAGAGAGAGAGAGAGAGAGAGAGAGAGAGAGAGAGAGAUGCCUAAGCUCUCUUCCUUCUUCUUCUUCACCUUCUCGGGUCUAGAAUGAGCUUAAACCCAAAUCUCUUCUUCUCCGAAGAAGAUGGCUCAAGACCAGCUUCAAGAAUCAAUCUCUGUCUUGGACGCUCUGUAUUGCUCGGAGGAGCACUUAGAAGAAGAAGUAAUGGUAGUAGACUUUUCCCAAGAAUUAGAAAAGGAAGUAGUGGAAGAAAGUUAUUGCAGCAAUAAUGAGUACAUUAAACCAAACCCACCAAUAUUGCUUGACCAAGACCUUGUAUGGGAAGAUGACGAGUUAAUCACUUUACUCUCUAAAGAAAAGCAAAAUCAACUGUGUAACAGUAAUACCCUUCUAAAAAAUCUAUCUCUGUUGAAGUCUCGUCGAGAAGCCGUGGAGUGGAUUCUUAAAGUCGUAGCUCACUACUCUUUCUCUGCUCUGACUGCCGUUCUUGCUGUAGAUUAUCUCGACAGGUUUCUCCUUAGCUUCCAUUUUCAGACAGAGAAGCCAUGGAUGACCCAGCUAUCUGCUGUGACUUGUCUUUCUCUGGCUGCCAAAGUGGAAGAGACCCACGUCCCCCUUUUACAAGACCUGCAAGUGGAGGAAAGCAAGUUCUUCUUUGAAGCUAAAACGAUUAAAAGAAUGGAGCUUUUGGUGCUGUCAACUCUUCAAUGGAAGAUGAAUCCUGUAACCCCAAUUUCAUUUCUUGAUUUCAUCAUUCGGAGACUUGGCUUAAAAGAUCAUCUCUGCUGGGAAUUCCUCAAAAGAUGUGAAAGCAUUGUUCUCUCUGUCAUAACAGAUUCUAGAUUCAAGUCUUUCCUUCCAUCUAUAAUGGCUACUGCUACAAUGCUGCAUGUAGUUAGUAGUAUAGAGCCCUGUCUUCAAGUCGAGUACGAAAAACAACUAUUGGGGAUUCUCAGAAUCGACAAGGACAAAGCAGAGGGUUGUUGUAAGUUCAUAUUGGAGUUGGCACCUCCAAUCUGCCGAGGCAACCAAUCGAACAAGCGCAAGUUUGGCUUAAUUCCAGGUAGCCCAAGCGGCGUCAUGGAUGCGUUGUUUAGCUCUGACAGCUCGAACGACUCCUGGGCCUUGGCAUCAUCGUCGGUGUCUUCUUCGCCGGCGGGGAGACUAGCCAAGAAGAUAAGGGCCCAGCAGGAUCAACAUAAUGCAGAUCACCCAAACAUUCCACGCUAGUUAGCUCCACUUUUUUCGUCUCCUUUUUUCUUAUUCCUAUGCACCCGACGCAACUUUUUUUUUUUUCACCUAGUUUGAAUAAUAUAUAUGUGAAAAUAUGUUCUUUAUGUCUUAUUAGUUUAUACCUAUCUUCUCUGUAUUUUCCAACCCCAAUAAAAAUUUUCAGUCAUUGGGUUCUCCUUUGAUGGAAGAUGGGUUUGGACAAUUGGGAGCAAAGGUGGAUGUGGCUUUCCUUCCUUCUGACUAAAAACAGUUUAGAAAGUAGUCCUCCUAUCCUUGCAUUUAAAAAAUACAAAAAAGAUAAACCCAUGAUAUAUUAUUAUUCUUUUUUUAUCA